AAUACCAGUUGGUUUUUAGUGUCAGAAAUUUCAGGGUGUUAUUUAGUGGUAUUUCUGGGUCAGGAUGAGAGUUUUUUUGAUUUCAACAUUAUGGGUCUGCGUAGCCUAUGCUAAGCCCCAGUAUAAUUAUCCAGUUCCAGCCCCAACUUUUGGAUCAAAUAAUGGUGGUUUUGUAUCAGGUGGUUCUGGAGUUUUUGGAGGAAGUUCAGCAGUACAAAGUGGUCAAGUAUCGUCCAUUGUUGAUGCCGGAGGUUUGGUGGGAAGUACUGGGGGAUCUAUUGGCGUGAGUUCUGGAGGAACUUUAGUGCAGAAGCACAUCUACGUACAUGUAGCUCCUCCAGAGCCAGAAGAAUUGAGGCCUCAGAGACCAAUUGCUGCUGGCCAGUCCACCAAACACUAUAAAAUUAUUUUCAUCAAAGCUCCAUCCUACGAACAACAACAACAGCAAAUUCUGCAAGCGCAGGCCAGAAACGAAGAAAAAACUUUGGUUUACGUUUUGGUGAAAAAACCCGACGAUGUUGCGGACAUUUCAUUGCCUACAGCAGCCCCAACUGCACCCAGCAAACCGGAAGUUUAUUUCAUCAGAUACAAGGCGAAGUCCGCAGUUACUGGAACCACUUCCGGCAGCACUGGCGGAGUUCAUAUCAGUGGAAGUGGAUCGGUAAAUGGAGUUUCCAAUAUAAACUUAUCAACUUCAUCCAAUGGAUUGUCGUUUCCGGUGAAUACUGGAAGUUCAGUCGGACGACCAAGCUCCAACUACGGACCUCCGGGACAAAGUGGACCUUACUAAAUGGGUAUUUGCAAAUUAUUGACAAACCCAUUACAGAUAGAUUUAACGCAUUAAAAUAUUGAUCCGCUCUUAGUACCAGUACUUAGUGCCAUAAUUUUUGUGAAUGCAAUUUUAACCUCAAGAGAAGAUUUAUUGAAUAUUAUAUCAAUUUCUUAAUUUUUAUUUUUGAGCAUUUUGCUAGUAUAAAGGUUUAUCCGUUUUUGUAGAUACACUUUGUAAUGGGUAGUUAAUUGUAAAAUCAUCAAUCAAUCACACUUUUAAGGAAUGCUUAAUGAUGGUCGUUGAGAUGCUAAUUUUAAAGACUGUGUGAGAUGCAACUUAUUUAUACACAUAUUCGCACAUUUACAUAUUGCACUAUAUCAUUAAAAGUAUAAGGCUAUAUUUCGCUAGUUUAAUGUAUAUAUUUUUGUUAUAUAAAUUACGGUGACAAUAAAUUAUAAUUUUGCAUUAAUUUUUGCCUUGAUCUAAUAUCUCUGCUAUGCAUAUAAAACUGUCUAUAAAUACAAACCAAAUACCAAACACAACACCAAAAUGUGAUAUAAAUAUACAUAUAAGACGUCACAAAACUAGUGAUUCAAAAGCUGUAUACAUAGAAAAAACGAGCCCCGGAAUGUUCUGCUUUUGUGCAGAUAACAAUCCUCUCUAUUAAAUAAUUCCAAAAAAUAUAUAGGAUGUUAUAGUCACAGCAAGCACAUCCGCUAAAAGCAUUAUCGAGUUAUAAGCGUUUGAAAGCCACUAAAAGACGAACGUUUUGGUUACAUUGUUGAAUUUUAACAGCAAUUAGUGAUAAAAUAUCAAAACAAAACUUUUAGCUGACUUUACGAGUGCAACGUCUAUUUGUAUAUACCGAAAAAAAUUGCAUGCUGCUUAGUUUACAAUAAACUUGUAUUUGAUUUUAAUAAAUCCCAACUUUUAUGGAUUAGUUAA